ACCCGCCCUCGUUUCUCUCGAUCUCUCCAGCUCUCUCCCUCUCCCUCUCUCUCUCUUCAACUUGACUCCCGAACCGCCAGCCGCCGGCCGCCGCCGCCCCGCCCCGCUCGCGGCACGCCUCCGCCGCCGCUUCUGACGCCCCGCGAGACGGCCCUGACUGCCUCGGCCGCUCUCCCGUGGCCCGCCGCUCGAGGAGCCGGGGGCCAGAAUUUGGCGCGCUGUGUCCGUACCGUCUCUCUCUCUCUCUCCCCGAUUUCGAGCCGUGCCUCGAUUCGGGAAGGCGCUGAUCCCGCGCCAGCGGACGCGAGACGUGAUGUGCGGAUCGGAGCAUGGACGUGAUCGCGCCCGCGCCCAGUAGGAGCUGCUGCGGGGCCGGCCGGCGUGGGAGCGGUGGGCUGCUGCGGAGUUGACGAUGUACAUAGCGCGGGAGGCGUCCAAGGUAUGGAGGAAGGUGACUGCGGAGAUAUCGGUGGAGCUGCAGCUUCUGCGCGAGAAGUGGGGGCUCCUACUCGCCGGGCUGAUUUUUCAGUACAUUCAUGGAUUGGCUGCUCGAGGAGUGCAUUAUUUGCAUCGACCAGGACCACUGCUCCAGGACUUGGGAUUUAUGGCCCUCCCAGAGCUUGGGCAAGACAAAGGUUAUCUUAGUGAGAGCAUAUUUUCUUCCAUCUUCCUCUCCUUCGUGUUGUGGACAUUCCAUCCUUUUAUUUAUCACAGCAAACGUUUCUAUACCGUGUUAAUCUGGCGCAGGGUGCUCGCUUUUUUAGUUGCUUCACAGUUUUUAAGGAUUAUUACAUUCUAUUCGACCCAGCUCCCAGGUCCAAAUUAUCACUGUCGUGAGGGCUCAGAAUUGGCAACUCUUCCACCACCCAACAGUGUACUUGAAGUUCUCCUGAUUAACUUUCCUCGUGGAGUGCUUUUUGGUUGUGGUGAUUUGAUAUUUUCAUCUCACAUGAUUUUCACUCUUGUUUUUGUCCGAACAUACCAUAAAUAUGGCUCGAAAAGAUUCAUUAAGUUCCUUGCUUGGUUCAUGGCUAUAAUUCAGAGUCUUCUUAUAAUUGCUUCUCGCAAGCACUACUCCGUUGAUGUUGUUGUUGCAUGGUAUACUGUGAACUUAGUGGUAUUCUUUGUCGACAACAAGCUGCCAGAAAUGCCGGAUCGGACAAAUGGUGUACCUUUGCUUCCGUUGAGCACCAAAGAAAAAGAGAUCAGGUUGAAGGAAGAGAAAGACAGUAAACUGAAGGACGAGUUCCACAAGUUACUGAACGGGAACCAUGGGGAUCCUACUGAUCGGCGACAGCGGGCGCAGAUGAACGGGAGGCAGCACGACGAAGACAUCAAUCACGCGCUGACCGAUGCAGCCAAUGCCAACGGCACAUAAAAACUGGGUCCGGCGGCGUCUGCUUUUCACCGGCAGCUUUGUCCUUGGCGCCCGGAGGAGAAUCCUCCGGGGGCCUAGAAAAAACUGCCCGGGAUGCCGCCUGCAGCUCUGAUUCUCUGAAGCCGUCCAAGAUUCCAGCCUUAGCGUUCCAUAUGCAUCUACCCGAACUGCCCCGUCGCUUCGUGCAGGAAUCCUAGUUCCCUGGCGUUUCUCGGCUCAGUUUUGCAUCACCCCUUCAUUGCAGUGACAUUUCUCAGGACGGCACAGGGAAAAAAUAGAAAGAAAUUGAUCUUGAUGUACAUAUUGAUCCGCUAAACACGUGGGCAUUCGCGGGCGCUA